UCUAGUCGGCUGCUGCCCACUGCCCACCUGCAGGAUGGCCCAUAAGCAGAUCUACUACUCGGACAAGUACUUCAGUGAACACUACGAAUACCGACAUGUCAUGUUACCCAGAGAACUUUCCAAACAAGUACCCAAACAAGUACCCAAACAAACCCAUCUGAUGUCUGAAGAGGAGUGGAGGAGACUUGGUGUCCAACAGAGUCUAGGCUGGGUUCAUUACAUGAUUCAUGAACCAGAACCACACAUCCUUCUCUUUAGACGGCCUCUUCCAAAAGAUCAACAAAAAUGAAGCUUAUCUGGGGAUCAUCAAUUAAAUCUUUCUCAAAUUUAAUGUAUAUGUAUAUAUA